AUGGAGGUCUACAUCGACGACAUGCUGGUCAAGUCCUUAGAGGCAGAGGACCACAUAUCUCACCUACAACAGGCCUUCUCCACCCUUCGGAAGUACAACAUGAGGCUCACCCUAGUCAAAUGCUCAUUCGGGGUCAGCUCUGGCAAGUUCCUAGGGUACAUUGUAACCCACCGGGGCAUCGAGGCCAACCCGGAGCAAAUCAGGGGCAUUCACUCAAUCCCUUCCCCGAGGAACGUCAAGGAGUGCGAAUCCGCUCUCCAAGAGCUAAAGUCGUAUCUUACCACUCCUCCUCUCCUAUCCAAGCCACUACUCGGUGAAGUCCUUCUGCUAUAUCUAGCAGUCUCCGAGCACGCCGUGAGCGCCGUCCUCGUCCGCGAGGAGGGAAAUAAGCAGCUACCAAUCUAUUACGCUCAUCCAAUCGUCGUUGUUACCUCCUUCCCUGUAAAAGUUGUCCUCCACAAACUAGAAGUCUUUGGACGCCUAGCCAAAUGGGCUUUGGAACUAGGGGAGUACGACGUAAUAUUUCGACCUACCACGGCUAUAAAGUCACAGGUCCUAGCGGACAUCGUGGCUGAAUUCUCCCCUGCCUUGCUCCCAGCUUUGGAGCAGGAGGUACGCCUCCGAGGCGAAACUAAGGAAGAGGGAGAAUGGAUCUUGCACGUUGAUGGAUCCAGUAACGUCAGAGGAGCUGGAGUGGGGAUAGUGCUUACCUCGCCAACGGGGAACACGGCCUCAAGGGCCGUGAGAUGCAACUUCAAAGAAACCAACAACGAAAGCAAGUAUGAGGCCCGAAUCGCAGGUCUAACCCUCCCCCGCCAAAUGGGGGCAGAGAACAUCCAGGUCUUCGGCGAUUCCCAGCUGAUAAUAAACCAGGUACAGGGAGAGUACCAAGCAAAAGACGACAGCAUGAUCCAGUAUCUGGCGGUUGCUCAGCAACUAAUCAAGAAGUUCAAGAGCGGCAAGCUCACUCAAAUCCCACAGGAACAAAACUCGCAAGCCGAUGCCCUGGCUGAUCUAGGGUCAGCCCUCGAAACGAAUAGCAAGAUGAGUAUCCUCUUGCUCGUGCUUCAAUGGCCAGCUACCCUGGAGGAACGCCCGUUAGAGGAGGUCUCUGCCCUCGAAAAAGGUGAAACCUGGAUGACUCCCUUAGUCUGGUAUCUAGAGGCCGACAACCUCCCGGAAGACCGCAGCGAGGCCAGGAAGAUCAAGAAGCGAGCCGCAAGGUACUGUAUCUCCCACGAUAAGCUGUACCGAAGAUCCUUCUCUGGCCCGUAUCUGAGGUGUGUUACACCCCGAGAAGCCGCUAGAAUCCUGGUAGAACUACAUGAAGUAGAUUGUGGAUCCCACUCUAGUGGUAGAAGCCUAGUGCUCAGAGCCAUAAGCGCGGGUUACUACUGGCCCACGAUGGCCCCGACGCUGACAGACAAGCAAAGAACUGCGACCAGUACCAGAGGCACGCUCCAGUCUCCAAGCUUCCCCCAGAGAAUCUCAAGUCCAUAA